AUGGCAGUAACCCAUCAUUGGGAGCGAAGGCUUCAGCGUCAAUUUCAACAAUGGCUGGCUACGGUGACAUCCAACCUCCAAAAGAACAAUCUCUGGAAGAGAGUAAUAAAAAAUACCGUAUGCACCACUAUCAAUCUGAUAAUCGGCCUCAUUCCCGCGGUUAUCGCCGUAUAUGGAAAGUCAACAUAUCUUGGGGCCAUGGCCUCAGUAUUUGGACAUCCGGGACAACGGUUCGGCCAGAUGGCUGAAUCCCUCAUCCUCAUUAUCCUUGGGACCUUCUUCGGGGUCGCUUGGGCUAUCUUGGGACUUUACCUUUCCAGCCUCGUUCACCAGUCCAACAUCCAAGCGUCUCUAGCCAUCAGAGCGAUUUUCUUCACAUUGGCCCUGUUGUUCCAUGGUAUCACACGUUCAUCAGCGCCUAGGCUAUUUUUGUUUGUAUUUUUCUUCUUGCUCAUCAACAUUACUAUCUUAACGAGCACGACAGUCUCAGUAUCAUCUACCAUUAUUACGAACAUAGCGUAUCCUAUCCUCACGGCAGUCGGUGUCAUUGUAUUUGUGAACGUCACCAUAUUCCCCGAAUUUUCAAGCGGUUUUCUGGGAAAGUCCACGAUAGAAACGUUGUGUGCGACGAUCAACUGUUUCCAAGAGUCCGGAGACUGGUUUAUGUCUGACUCUAUCCAACCAGACGAAGCGGACGCAGAAAAGGAAAAGUCAGCUUCGAUGUCAUUACGAACUAGACUCGUAGCCUUAACUGAGAAAAAGUCAAAGUUGAGAGCCCAGCUUGGUAGCUGUAAGAAAGCUCAAGCGGAGAGUAACUUCGAAUUAGUCUUCGCGGUCCUUCCUCCACGAUCAUUGAAGCCAGUUAGCAUGACUUUGAUGUCACGCCUUGUCCAAAUUACGAUCUGUCUUAUCAAUGCUUGUGAAAGCAAAUAUGCUUUAGCAGGCCAUAAAUACGGAGAGGAUCAGCCAGAAGAACCAGAACAGCCGGACGAGAAGACUACUAAUGACGAAGACUCCGAACCCGAGACAGACAGCGACUCGGACAGUAGUUCUGAAAGCGAUACCAAAAAGUCACGGCGUAAGUCCAAAUACGCGCAGAACAUCGAACUCAUCAAACCAAUUCGGGAAAUCGAGUCUGGUGACAUUGAACUCCUAGAGCAUAUUCUUUGCCAGAUCCGCGGACCGACCAAGAUCCUUCAAGACCAGAUACAAGCAGCAGUCUAUGUGAUAACCUCUGCUCUAGCAUAUUGCUACGAUGUACCCCGUCUCCCGUCGGGCGCUCCAACUCCCAAGGGUAUCACCUUAGAAGAGAUUGAUCUCCGAGUGAACAUGUUUGCAGAAGCAUUGUUGCAAUUUGAUCAAGAUUCCGCUACAGCUCUCGAGCAUGCUGCCCGUAUAGAAUAUGGUCGAGAAUCACGUGGCGACAUUAUGCCACGGAUGGAGACGCACCUUAUCUCCUCAUUCUUAAUUAGCGUUCGACAAGCAGCCAGCCAAACCAUGGAUAUGCUGAGACAUUCACGAUCUCUUGUUGAGCGGAGGCAAUCGAGGAACAACCAUCGUCGGUUUUAUUUUCCAAGGAUUGGCUGGAAAAAGUGGUUGACAAGUGGCGGAGAACACGACGUAAACGCUCUUCCGGAGAACGCAAGAAAGGAGGCAAGAAAGGGUCACGGCUUGAGAGAAGACCUCAACGGAAAUGAGCAGGACGCAGAUGCUAGCGAAGAACAGCUUUUAAGGCGUUCCGUAGACGAAGAGGCUGGUCACGUUAUAUCGAAGCAACCCACGGUUCCCGAGAAGGGUAGGAUUCCGAUGCGGAAAGGACCCCAGAAGUCUGAAGCUAGCAAUAUUAUGUGGUUACGUGGCCUGGCUGCUGAUAUAGUCGAGUUCUUUGCCGACUCCGAUGAUCUCGCCUAUGCUCUCAAAAUGUGUACAGCAGCGUACCUUAUAACGUGGCCUGCGUUCGUGCCGGCAACUAAUGCCUGGUACAAUUCAAUCCGUGGGUCGUGGGCGUCUCUUCAACUAGUCCUUGUCUUCGAAGUUUCGGUAGGAACUUCUUUCCAAGGGUUCUUCCUUCGAGUGAUCGGGGUCAUAUUUGGCUGCGUUGUUGGCUUCCUUGCUUACGAAAUAGGACAAGGGAACCGUAUUGUCGCCGUGGUCGUUCUUGUAUUCGGUAUCGUACCCUCUUCAUAUAUCCAUCUCGGUACACCAUUCGUCAAAACAGGCAUUAUCUCCCUAGUCAGUAUGUCCGUAGUCGGGCUUGCAACAAUUCUUCAACCUUCCGGGGACCAUCCAUGGGAGAUCUUUGUCCAACGAAUGGUAUGUUUCCUUGUUGGUGGGACCAUCGCACUGUUAGUCGAGAUGUUUCUUUUCCCUGUCCGAGCUCGAGAUAGGCUUGUCGAGUCUCUAGCCUCGACAAUCCAACAGAUUUCGCAAAUGGAGAGCUCGAUCGCUGUUGGCAUCGACUCGCCUCAGAACGUCGACAUUAAAUCUCAUGCAUUAAGUGAGAAUUUCAAGGACGCCAUGGAAAAGGCUGAGCAGGCCCUUGCAGCAGCCCGUACGUUCUUACCAUUUUGCCUAACAGAACCAAGAAUGAAAGGCAGUUUCAAGGGACAAGCAUUGAUUUAUGGUGAGAUGAUAUACGUCCUGUUUCAAAUCAUUGAUCGUAUGGACAACAUGCUUCAUCUCCGCAAAGCGUACGGAAGCAGCGUGAUCGAGGAGUUAAAUGCUGAUGUCUUACCAUAUCGUCGCAACGUCGCGGCUAGUAUGAUGCUCACCCUCUUUGCCGUCAACGAGGCCUUAACAACGCGACUACCUCUCCCUCAGUUUCUGCCAUCUUGCCGCGUAGCACAGCUACGAUAUAUUAGCCGAGUCCGUGAACUUCUGCUUGGGGGUAUAGUGAAAUCGGCAUAUAACACCGGCACUCAUUCACCUGCAACACCAACAGGGGGUUCUAUUCCGCUUCAGCCACAUGUUUUAAAGUCGAUGACUCGACAGAGUUUCCUAUCCUGGAAUGCCAGUUCUGCGGGCAUGAUGGAAAUCAUUGAAUAUCUAGAAGAACUCGUAGACCUCGCCAAGCUACUGGUCGGGGUCAACGCAUUCCGCAGCGGAAUGCUGGAGCGCCCCAAGUUCCACGAAUACGCGCGGAAGAUCAGGGAGCGCGAGUCGGACCGCAAUGCGGCGGCAGCCGCGGCGCAAGCGGAAGCAGAACAACAGAAUGUUCAGAUGACUAAGAGCAAAUCUGGAAACAGCUUCAUGCGCAGGAGACGCGGUUUCACCCUAGGGAAAAUGCCAUCUCACGGUACUGUUAUGGGCCCGGCCGUCAAUAUGGGAGUCGACGCGAAUAUGCUGAGGCGAACGUCGACCGCGUUAUGGGGCGGCGAUGGCGCCGCGGAUAAUAACGAAGAGGCGGUGGACGAUUUGCCGAUGAGUUUGCAACGCGUUAUGACGAAACGGAUGGAGGGCAGGCAACGCGAAAGGAGGGCGGCUAGGGCGAGGCGGGACACGGAUGAUCCGAAGGGGAAGCGCCCGCUUAUACGGCCGGCUGCGACUUGGGCUCUUUAG